GUGUGUGUGAUCUCAUGGAGUUACACACUGGUUUUGUAAGUCGAAGAAGCACAACCUUGGAUUAUAAUCUGCUCACACGGAAUAUUCAGCUCUCUUUUUUUUUUACUGCCUUUGUCUUCCACCAGAUACCGAAAAUUCAUCAGGUCACAGCCAUCGUGUCCACACAAGGGUUGGGCGCCCCAAGGUUUUGCCAAGCUGGCUCCCACCGUCAUGGUCACGCAGAGCAAGUUCCCGACUAUGAGCCGGGCGCUGGACUCUAGCCUGAGGCUCAAGACCUUCUCUUCUCGCAGCGAGUACAACCUGGUGCUGAGCGCGGUCCACAAACUUCAGGAGAGCGGAUUUUACUGGAGUACGGUGACAGGAAGCCAGGCCAACCUGCUGCUCAGCCCGGAGCCCGCCGGCACCUUCCUGAUCAGGGACAGCUCCGACAACCGCCACUUCUUCACUCUCAGCGUGAAAACCGAAUCCGGCACCAAGAACUUGCGCAUCCAGUGCGAACCGUGCGGAUUCUCCCUACAGACUGACCCGCGCAGCUCGCAACCCGUGCCGAGGUUCGACUGCGUGCUGAAACUCCUUCGGCAUUACAUGCCGGCCAAAGACUCCGCCAACAGCAACAGGCGCUGCUACUAUAUCUAUUCCGGCGGCGAGCGCGUCCCGUUGCUUCUCUCUAGGCCUCUGUCCUCCAGCGUCUCCUCGCUGCAGCACCUCUGCAGGAAAGCGGUCAAUGGACAACUGGAAGGCUUCGAGGCUCGAGAACAGCUACCUCUGCCCAUCAAAGACUUUCUCCAGGAAUAUGACUCUCCCGUAUAGCCGCAGAAGCCGCAAUGGAGGCAAAGAACCAAACCUGAGAUAAUAUGGAGAGGCCUAGGCUCCGAGCAGGACUACAACAAAAUGGAGCAUGAGUGGUAUUCAUGGAGGGAGUAGCACUGGGCACACGGAUAUCUUAUGGGAUUGCGUCCAAUUGUUUUUCACCAAGUGCCUAAAGGUAGAGGACGAUACUCAGGCGGAUACUCGACGACACCCAGAGACUGUAGAGACUGUGGACAUUGCCCUCCGUUUACAUUGCAUGCUGGGUGUGAGACAAAAAGAAAGGGAGGGCUUACGUUGGGGUUCCGGAUGUAAGCCUAGAACGGGAACGUCUGUCCUUCAGGGUAUGUCCACAACAGUGAGAUGGAAGUUUUGUUAUACUCUCACCUACGUAGCCUUAAUCUGCUGCUGGGCUAACGGUCAGAGGGCGCGCACUGCAGGGCAUUACCGGUAUAUGUAAAGAAUAUCCGCAAUUUGCCAGUUGCGGGUGCCGGACGAAACGCGUGGAGACAAUGCACAAGAAGCAGAGAAUUUCUGACCUCCAGCGGAAUCAAGUUUUGCACAAAAGUGACUUGGCUUCUUCUUCAAGAAGGUUCUGUCUAAAAC